AGCGGAUGUACAUGAACGGUCGCGAUUCGUCGCUUCCAAAUGCGGCUAGAGCGGCGCAAAUUCAGUUUAGGUUUGAUUGAUGGACUCUUAGCGGAAACUAUACGUUGUAAACUUUGUACGAUGGUCGCAAAGGGCUGGUUUUGGAUAUUAGUUUUGUAUGCAACGUUAAUUCAGUCGCGACUUCCACCCAUGAAUAUCUCCGUCCUGUGAGAAACUCCGGAUAGCGAGCGGAAGACGUGGGUUUAGUCCCGAGUUGUCAGUUGAGUUGAGCUAAUGUUUCUUAGCCUAGCGUAUCUGAGGUAACGUUAACUUCAGUAUCAGGUCAGUGUGUGAGGGAUGUUAGGGGGAAACGGGGCUGCCAGAGGGGUUGGACGCUCAGGUAACGGCGCAGGCAUGACUUCUCUACAGGUAGGUAGCACAUCUGGGGCUUUAGCGGGGGUAAACUCUGCCUUAAACCUGCCCGAUGCGGGCAGAUAUGACGACAGGCCGUCGGACCAUCAUGCAGUGCUGAGCGGAUCUGAUGUAGACUCGGACUCAGUGGAUGAUGAAGAGAUUUCAUUGUCGGACAGAAGGGGAGUGAAGCGGGAGAGGAGUGAGAUGGAGGUCGGGGUUUCCUCUGGAUCUAAUGCUGGAGUAGCAGCUGGAUAUGGGGGGGUUUCCAGCGGGGUGGCUGGGGCAAAACCGGGCAAGAAGACUCGAGGACGGGUGAAGAUUAAGAUGGAGUUUAUUGACAACAAGCUGAGGAGAUACACGACCUUCAGCAAGAGGAAGACUGGCAUUAUGAAGAAGGCAUACGAACUGUCCACCCUAACGGGAACGCAAGUUUUGCUCUUGGUUGCUAGCGAGACGGGCCACGUCUACACCUUUGCCACACGAAAGCUUCAGCCCAUGAUCACCAGUGAGACGGGUAAGGCCCUCAUCCAAACCUGCUUGAACUCCCCCGAUUCACCGCCCCGUACUGACCCUUCCACAGACCAGAGGAUGAGCGCCACAGGAUUUGAGGAGACUGACCUCACCUACCAGGUUUCAGAGGCAGAUGGUCUUACAGAUCCAAAGGAAAUGAUAAAGCCCACAUAUACAGCUGCCAGUAUACCUGGAGUCACCAGCAGCACGACCACAUCGGCCUCUUCCUCUCCCAUCUCAUCAUCGGUCGCCAUGCAGACGCAGAGCAGCGCCACCUACUGGCCUUUAACCACAGGCAUAAAUGCCCAGAACAUGUCCAGUGCGAAUGGCACGGUGCUGAAAACGACGGGCAGUUCACCCGCUGGGGUCAUGCAGCUGCCAGGUGGAUUCACAAUCAUGCCUGGCGCUUCUCUUCCGCCUGGCACACACACCAUUCCCCUCAGUCAGCUGCAGACGCACUCUCUGGCCAUACAGUGUCCGCAGACGCUAAACAGCCACAUCACGGCUAGCACCACCGCUGCCGUUGUUCCCGCACACACACAAUCCACCCCACAGACCACGCUCUUCCGCCUGCCCGCCACUGUCUCGCUUACAGGUGGCGCAAUGCCUCAACAAUUACAAGCCAUCCAGGUUCAUCCCAGUCCUCAAAGCAGCGAGAGCAGCCUAGAGAUCAGUCAGACGUCUGCCACUUCCUCUGCGAGUCACACGGCUACCAUCGUCACUUCCUCAGUGCCUUCUUCAGUGGCAAGUCACAUGAUGUACCCGGGAGCGCACGCGGCCGUCAUGUAUGCUACAUCCAGCCCUGCACUCACUGACGGGAGUCUAACUGUGCUGAAUACCUUCCAACAACCACACACUGCGAUGCACAUGUCCCACGCGCAGGCCCAAGAUUCGGGUGCCGUUCAGCAGAUGUUUCUUUCAGGACCUCAAGGAACUGUACAGAUCCCAGUUUCAGCUGUUCCGAUACAUUCGAUGUUGAUCAACCAGCCAUCGACCGGUAACAACGCCGCCACCACCCUCACAGAGCUCCGGGUGGUCAAUUUGGACAAUCCAAAAGGAGACUGAACAAGAGGCCGGCGUGACCGCUCGCUUCUGCGGAUUCCUUCAGGGAUCACACAUGCCAUGCAAUCAGACUGCCAUUAUAUUUAUUACUGCCUUCUCGCUACGUCAGGUUUGUAAACCCACGACACGUGAUUGAUGAGGCGUGAUGGGACAUUUGAAGGACGAUCGCCUCGCGGACUCAUUUUGGUGGGUAGUUUGAUAAUGGAUCAGAUUUGUUCAUAUGUACACACAGACACGCAUCUUCAGGAUUACAGAGACGUCUGGCACUAUCGUCCGCUGGUGCCGAAGGUUCACCUUUUGCCCAAAGAUUUGGAAAUGUUGACUUGAUUGAGUCAUUUAAGUUUAAUUCAGUUGAUUAUGUGAAAUUCAGUGGUAUUCAAACUUUUCCUUUGAUAUUUACAUUAUCUGUUUCACUUUUGUGUAUUUUAAAGGGAUAGAUAGUAUACCCAAACAUGACAGUUUUGUCAUGGUUUACUCGACUUCAUGUUUUUCCAAACCCAUUUUCUGGAUCAGCAAUUCAAUUCUUUUCAUUGAAUCUCUUGAAUUGCAUCACCCUUUUAUACGCAUUCUUCGAAGUCUUUCCUUUUGCGCUUUAUAGAGGAAAGACAAUAUGGGUUUGGAGCAACGUAAGAGUGAGUAAAUGAAGAAUUGAACUUACCCCUUCAAUAAUAAUGCUGUCCUCUUGAACUAUCAAUACUGUGGUUGGUUUGAAUCCCAUGUAGAUUCUUAUCAUCUUAACGUUCAUGUUUAAAAUAUAAAUUUGCCCUUAUUGCAUCUGUAUGGUCUUUAUUACUCAAUUACUAGGCAUAAAAUACCUAAACUUGAUCAGAUCAUUUGAAUGUGCUGCUAUACUUAAAAGUUCAGUAGGCAUCCACAUUGUAAAUUGAAAAAAGGCCACUUGUCAUUCCAUGUUGUUAUGCUGUGCCAAACUACAGUAUACUGUAUAUUCAAUGACAGAAGGAAUUAUUUUUUUUGCUCAAAUGCUUUAGAAAAGACAUGCUUUAGCCACUUUUACAAUGCUGUAACAGAAAAACACUGACUUGCAUUUGCAAUGCACGACAACGUACCUACAGUCAGCAACGGUACUGCGCAGUCACGGGUCAAGAAAUGGAUGCCUAUGUUGUGGUUAGGUCAGCAUAGUGAAGCUACAGUUUGUUAUGCCGUAGGUUUACUGAAAUAUGAAUGAACGGUAUGGAUGUGCAACUAGUACAGAGAUGGAAAAUUUCAUUCGGAAACAUCCACGUUAUAGCUUGAUGUUUAAGGGUUUUAUCAAGCAGAACUGUUCUAGGAUUGCCAACUCAUAUAUAUAUAUAUAUAUAUAUAUAUAUAUAUAUAUAUAUGUGUGCACCCAUAUAUUUUUCUAAGAAUUUGUUAGUGUGUUGUUUUUUUCAAACCCUAAUUGUGUAAAUCACUGUUUCGUUAUCAAACUUUAAUUUGGAUUUCUAAGGAGACAUCCAAAGGGCUGUUUAUCUUACUGAUGUCUGCUUUUAUGAAUAUUUGAUUUGGUCUUUCCUCACAGAUGUUUGUAAAGAGGUACAAACCAACAAAAUAGGAACUUUUUGAGAUUGUGGGCGUCUGUGAAACUUUUUUCCUCAUUCAGACAGCCAUGUUUUGACUUGACAGACCCAUAAGCCUUUUGAUCUCGUACUGUUAUACGGAUUGAAACGGACCACUGCAAUACUGAAUGUUUCGAGAAUGGCGUUUUCUAUUCGUUUUGGGGAUUUUCAGUUUGUGGAACUGAGCACUGUAAGAACUGUUAAGUGGGUUGACAAGCCCAGAAAAAAAUCAUUCUUUAACUUGUUUUAAAUUGUGUGGGAUUUACAAAGCGGCCAGAACAAAAGUGUUGGAUUGUGUUGUUCAGUAUUAUUACAUUUUAAAUCCAGGGAAAGACUCGAUACAUUUUUUUGUUGAAUAUUGUUCGGGUCAUUAAAAAAAAUGGAAUUCUGCAUGAAAAGGAAGACCAAUUUUAGGAAUAUUAGGACUUUUUUGCAUUGUGGCAUUAUUUUCAUGACAAUUAAGCACAUUGACACCACUUCCUAUUCUUGCUUUCUUUAAGUAACAAUUUCCCCAUCAAUAAUAAUAGAAUUAUGUUUAAGUUUCUAUACACUAUAGAAGUGUUUGUUUGACUGCAUUCAUAAUCUGUUUUUAAAAAUAUAGUAAUUGGAAUCACCACUAAGAAUAAUAAUAAUAAUAAAGAAUAUUUAAUACAAUCAAGUCAUAAGAAUAGCAAAAAUAAUCUUAAUUUGACUUCCAGUAGUGACAGGAGGGUUCUGCUUAUCUGUCAUGAAAUGGCAAUGGGUCAGUUACUUAAAUAAUAAUUUAUCAGUUACUUAAAUAAUUUCUUGUGUUUUCUUUUCUUUUUGGGUAGAGUAUGACCUUGACAUGUUUUGUGAGUUUCACCCGAUUGUUUUAAAAACAAAUUGAGUAAUUGUGUGGAAUGUACCAUAUAUGGCCCUUAUUGUACAUAAUACUUUUAAUUUCCUAUUGCUUUAACAGUCUGUAAGUAGUUCACUUGGCUGCAUUUUGAAUUAAAAUGUCUGCAACAUGAAGAUGUGUGAUAUAUUGGUUGUAAUGUGAAACACAGAAUCUGUGCUUUUUUCUCUUUAAUGCCGUGCAACCUUAGUUGUGGAGGAAAUGUUGGCUUUUUAUGUUUAUUCUCUUCUUAUCCACAGUGCCAUUUUCCUGAGAAAUUGUUUUUUGUAUUAUGCUGGGUAAGCUUUAUUAUUAAUCUGGAUUAAAAUGAAGUUGACAAUAAAAAAAUGAAAGUAAAACCUUUUUGUUAACAUUAAUUCACUUCAAUUAUCACUUCCAAUGAAAAUGUUUAUUAUGUAUAGAGUUUAUU